AAUUGCAACACAAAAAAAUCAUAAUUUUUUAAAAUUAAAUAUAAAAAUAAAAAAAUAUCGGAUUAGCGGGGCUAAAUCUGGAAUAUCAUGUUUUGCUGAUAAAAAUAGACCUGGCAGUUUUAUAGAUUGGCUUUUUGGGUUUGACAUGACUACAGGGGAAGGAUUUCCAAGUGUGGCACACAUGUUGCAUUGGGGGGAUAAAAACUAUACUUAUGAAAAAGAUACGAUCAUUAACGGAAUAAAUGUAAACCAAUUCAAUGGGAUGUGGGAGAUUCCCUCCUGGGAAGCUAAACUUAACAUUAAAUACUAUUGGUCAGAUCUGACGAAAUGGGACAGUACUUCGGGGGUUAACACUUCCUCUCCAGUCUCUGUAGACAUUCAGGGAACUGCGAAAAUCAAUGGUAAAAAUGUUCAGCUGAAUAUGAUACUAGACUAUGCUGGAUUUCUAGAGGUGACAGUUCCAUCCUCCUUUUUCCAGCCCCCUCCUGCACUCUGGUGUCAAGGAAGAAAAAUGGAAGAUAAACUUCCAAAAAUACCAAAUCAUUUCAGUUAUGAUUCUGAGAUGGUUUUCAGCUACACGCUAGAAGAUAAAGAAACAUUCGUCAUCCUACCCAGAUCAGAAUGGUUUGAUUAUGAUUUAAAAGUAAGUCGCGCUGAUUACAGACCCCCACAGAUAGGAAGCCCAUACGAAAACUUUCACGGAGUUAUAACACACAUUCAUGAUUACAACACAGGUUUAGAAUAUGCUAUUGAUCGAACUUUUGGAAACUGCUCAAUUGAGUACAUGGAUGAGUCUAUGGACGGACCAGAUGGGCAUGGGCACUUCCACAUGUUCAAUCCUCUGAACAUGUUCUUUGACGAUAUGCCGUUUGCUUUUAAUGGCGAGUACUCCGAGAGAGGAUUUAUUGUGGAUUCUUUUAUACAUACAGGACCUGUCUCUGAGCACCUGCACCCUCCCCGAGUCCAGGAGCCCCCGACAAAAGAAAACUAUACAACUGUUGUAUUCUUGACGUCGUCAUUCUGGGAAGUAGAAAAUCAGGAACAGCAAGAAAGAUUAAUCCCAGCCAAAAUUAUUCGGUAUCCUACUCUGGAUUACAACAUGCCCUCAGGGUCCAGAUUUACUUCCAGCUACUUCAAUUUUAAAACAGAUAGGCCAGAUCCUCAGAAGUUUGAUAUCACUCCUUGCUUUGAUGAUAAUUCGAAGAUGCAUUUAAUAAUGAGAUUAGGUUGGACUCUGGAUAUGGAUAUAGAGAACACUAUUGGACUCUUUGAAUUAGAGACAAGGAAAUCUAUUGUACUGGCUGGCAAGAUUACACCUAUCAGAGUACAGAAUAUAGAGGUUGACAUUGAUUUCUCCAAUAGUGCAUUCUUCAUUAUCUUCACAGUGGUUGCAUAUCCUCCAGGAGUUGAUUAUGAACUAAACGAUAAUCCUGAUGCUUUUAGACCCUUACAAGAGGUGAGAACAAAUUUAGAGACUGAGAUUAACAAUGGAAGGUUUUCAAUUCUUGUUUAUAAAAAUGACGGAAAAGGAGAUACAAUCAUGGCGAUGGCAGAGAAAAAUUCUCUGCAAGAUAUUGGUUCAAGGAUUGACUCUGGUAGUGGCAGCUAUACAUACAAAGUUGGGUAUUCGUCUGGAGCUAUGGCAGCUUGUGGUAUAAUUCUGCUCCUAAUUACAGUCGGGGGUUUUGGUGCUCUUCUUGUUUUUGUUCUCAAGUUAUAAUAAUUUAUAAACUUUUUAGUGGUUGGCGAUUACAUCAAUACAAUGAAGGCAAUAUUUAUUUCAGUUUUGAUUUUUUACAACUUUUUUUCGAAUUAAAAGUUCACAAAGAAACUAUCUCAAUUGACAACUAAACUCUUUGUUUCCAUGAUAUUUAAAAAUAUGAUAUAUAUCAAAAUUGAAAUAGAAAGUCGUCUUCAGUAUUACAUUUUAAAGAGCAUAUUGUUUUUUUUUGGAAAUGUUUUCUGUGAUAUUUCUCCUCUAAGUAUAAAAUAAAAUAAAAGGUCACUUUAAACAAGAAA